AUGGCUUAUCAACCUCAAGUAAGUUUAUUUUUUAUAGUUUUUUCAAUUUGAAAAUGUUUUGGCAAAGCUUGUAGUUUGUAAACAAUAUUUUUCGGACUAUAAUAAGCCUAGCAACCGGGCGAGAUUUGUUUUUCGCUACAAAAUCUUAAUUUAGGUUUGCUUUGAGGCGUUUUUUAAUCGUAUUUUAGGUUGUUAUUUUUUUUUGCUGGCCAGGUCUGAAUAACAAAAUUUAACGUUUUGAGCGCCUGAGGGAAACAAUUUUGAAAACUCAAAUUUUUGAAAUUUUUUGAAAAAAAGCUCUUCACAAUGCCUUUCUAGAUGCAACAACCCUACCCCCAAUACCCAGGUGGAAAUCCAUAUCCAUCGUACCCUCAAUACCCUCCACAAGGUCAGUACUAUCCUCAACCCCAACCCCAGGUGAUCUAUCAAGAAAGGCCGCGGAGUAGAUGGGACGACCCGAACACGUCUUGGCUCAUUUCUAUUUUGACUCUAUGUUGUGGAUGCUUACUUGGUAGGUUUAUUGGGGGUAGUGUAGAGUAGGGUAAGAUAAGUUAGCGUAGGAUACGGUGGAUAGGGUACAGUAGGAUAGGGUAAGGCAAGUUAGAAUAUGUUAGGAUAGGAUAAGGUAUAAUAGGGUACAGUGGCAUAGGGUAGGGUAGAGUAGGGUACAGUAGGGUGGGUAGAGCAAGGCAGAGCAGGGUAAAAUAGGGUAGGGUAAGGAACAGUAAAUUAGGGUAAGGUAAGAUACAGUUGUUUAGGCUAGUGUAGCGCUGGGGUAUGGCUGGUUUUUUAAAAAUAAAUACAAAAUUUUCAGGCGAAGCCCUAUGUGAUGAACAAUGUUGUUGUUGCUUGAUACCAUGCGCUUUACCGCGUUUUGGAGGUCGGCGGUGA